AUGACAGGUUCACCUCCAGCGCGAAGUGCUUCAGAGCGACUGGUGCACGAGCUGAAGGUUUUUCCGAACCACAACACCUACAACGGUAGCUGGCUUGAUGGCCGGUGCCAUGGUGAUGGCCUGUACACUUGGAGUGACGGCACUGAGUAUGCUGGCGAGUUCCGUGAAGGAUUGAUGUGGGGUCAAGGUGAAAAGCGGUGGCCAAGUGGAAGACGAUACUGCGGAGAAUGGGCACACGACAUGAUGUGGGGAAAUGGCGAAAUGUCCAGACCUCAGCGACAGCUCUUUAUGCAGUGUGAUCUAAGCUAG